AUGAAAAGAAAAACUCUGUUACUUGAAGCUGAUAUAAUAUAAUAAAUAAAAAGUGCCUUCAACCUUAAUCAACUUGAAAUCACAGAACUGAUGACUUAAGCUAAACGAUAUGAUCCUAAAGGAACUGGUUUUAUUAGCAAAAAUGAAGUUGAUGAUAUUAUGAGAGGUUAUUAAUUAUAAUAUUAUGGGUUAGAAUUGAAGUUGUUAACAAAUGAAAAGAUGAUUGCCAAAUUCAAAGAAGAAUUAAAAACUUAUGAGGGCAAAUAACUUGAACUUAAACAAAUAUGUGAUCUUUAUUGUAAAUUGAAGAAUUAUUAAUAAUAAUUAGAGGAUGAGGAAACUAUAACUCAGGAAUAUAGUAUUUAAAAUUUCAUUAUUUUUAGUUGAUGCAUUUGUUGCCUUGGGAGGGUAGCCUGAUAGAUCAGGUUAUGUAUAAAAAUAAACUAUAAUUGAUAUCAUCUAAAAGGAAUUCGAAUUGAAAAUAGAUUUAGAAUCUUUUCUUGGAGAUUUCUAAGGUGAUAAGUUAGAAUUUGAUGAUUUCUGUUAAUUAUUUGAGAAUGCUGGAGAAGAUGCCAAAUCUUUUAUUACUGUAUAAUUAAUUUUAUAAUAAUCUUAUUAGAGUUUCUCAUAAGCUAAAAGAAAUAAUACUGAUUUCACAGUGAGAUUUAAAGAUUUUGAAAAAUGGGAGAAAACAGCUAUGUGAUC